AUUUUAGUGAGGUUAGCAACAAUAACAGUCGCAGGAGUAUAUAAAGUCUUGCACCCAGAGCUUAGCAUACACAUUUGCUUACAAACGAAAGCUGAGCAUUCAAGACUCUUAACAAGUUCAGCAUCUUCUGAGUGACUUCAAGAUGAACAGCGCACUAAUCCUUCUGGUGGCCGUCGGUCUUUCCUGCUUGAUGGCAGCCCAAGCAGCAUCCUCAUUCGGCGUUCUAGCUGGCCUAGGAGCCUUGACGAGCGCUGUAAAGCGGAGGUAUCACGGGGCUGGCCAUGGACACGGCCAUGGCCAUGGGUAUAAAAUCCCGAAAAGGAAUCCUCGUCCCCGUUUCGGCCGGUCCGUUGCAGCAGCUACUGAGGAAGAUGACGACCUGAUUAUAUCCGCAGUAGGACAACUGGAUCCCAAUGCUUGCAUCCCCAAAAUGCUUUGCGUCCUGCAGGCGAAGGAUGAAUCCGAUCGUACGCCGAGAGAGAAUAUGCUUGUGGAAAUCUUAACUAGUAGCACUGAGAGCCCAUCCUCCUACAACGCUGCUUUCGCCCACGCCCAAGAUGUCGCCACUAACACUGGGGACUCCUUCGCCUGCAAGAAGUUCUUCUACAAAUGUCCGUUUGACGAUGAGGAAUUGAGUGAACUCCUGGAUAUUGCAUGGAGUUGUAACUGCAACUCGGGCGGGACAGACUAAAUUGUUCUUCAGCGAGCUGUGUCACAAAUAAGAUUUUAUUUGUGAUAUGCCUUGCUGGUGCUUGUACAUAACCUUUGUUACAUAUGCAUAUAACAUAUGCAUGUAAUAUAUGUAUAUAAUAAUAUUAUGCAAUAUAUGUAUACUACUUAACAUUAAUGUAUUAUAGUUUAAGAUUUAUUUUUCAUAAUAUAUUGCCUCUAAAUAAUAUACUUUUUAUAACCAUGAUGUUAUUUCGAUAGUGUGAAUACAUGCUGGAAAAUCUACUCAAGCAAACUACUCAACAUUGCUUGGUAAUAUGAAGAUAUGCAUAUUAGUAACAUAUCACGGGUUCUCAAACCUAACCUAACACUGUCAAAAUUAAAAUAAGCUGCGAGAAUAAAGCCUUUCCCUGAACGUUC